AUGACAGGAGAAACAAUUGGUCUGUUUGGUGGAACAGGUUCCACUGGCAAUUACUUUCUGAGGUUGGCCUUGGAAGCUGGCUUCAAAGUCCAAGCGUGUGUCCGAAAUCCUGACAAGAUUGAUAAGGAAAUUCAAGACAAGUACAAAGACAAAGACAAAGACCAACUCGUCAUUGUUCAAGGCACUUUCACUGAAAAACAAGAUAUUGCCAAAACCAUUCAAGGAGCCACCUAUGUCGUCUGCAUGGCAGGAGCUCCCAUGGGAAAACCAAAAGAAUACCCCAAAGAUAUCAUGCUCACCUUUUUUACCACUCUUACCCAGGUCAUUCAAGAAAACAAUACUAGCAGUACUAGCAGUACUAGCAGUAGUACCAGUAGUACACCCCCAAAGGUCGUUCUCUACCAAGCAGGCGCUUUUUCUCCCACUCCAGACAGACCACUCACCAUGAUUCACUCCGUAUUCAAGGCCGUGGGACAGUGGGUCAUGGGACUAGGACCCAACGUCGACGAUAAUACCCAAGUCAUUGCUUACAUUCACCAAAACAUCAACACGCUGGGAUUCAACACCAUUGUUUCCAGACCGGGAAUGCUCAACGAUAAACCCGGGGGAAAUGUACAGCUCAAAGCCGAUCAUUUCUCACCCACCAAUUUUGCAAUCACAUUCAGUGAUCUCGCCAUUUGGUCUCUCAAGGCCAUUCAGGAUUCGUCCUUGUAUGGAACCUUUCCCUUUGUCGUACCCAUUGAUCAGGAUAUUUUGCCACGAAAAAAGGAACCUGCUGCAAGCAAUAAGGAAGAAGACGUCGGUGAAACCAAAUGA